AUGCACUCAGGUGUUGCUGCAGUGAAGGCACCCCGCACACACAACCGUCGCCGCGUGACCGGAUCCAGCGGAAGGAGGAGGGAAGGAAGAGAGAGUGAGCCGCAGAGGCCCAACAUGUCCCGGCGUGUGUUUACUUCCGCGGUGCUGCUCCUCCUCGUCGUGAUGAUGUGCUGCGGCAGUGGUGGAGCUACAGCCACUGAGAAACCAACGUCAGUUGAGGGAACUUCACCGGAGAAAUAUUUUAUUUGGAGAGAUAAGAAAGGAGGAGAAACAGUGAGUUCUUUACGUGUUCCAGUUCUUGUUGAGAUGAAUGGUGAUGUGUUUGCCGUUGCCGAGGCGCAGUGCACGGAAGCCAGUAAGAGCGGUUUUACUGGGAUUGCCUCGGAGCUCCUGGAGUGGACCGAUAAAGAAUCAAGAGAAUUGGAUACAACUAAACUGAAGACACAAGUACUGGAGGAAUUUCAGUUUGAACAAGGGAAUUUCACUUUCCUAACACGAGCUCAGGAUGCUUCCCAAAACCGGACAAAAGUACGUGUGAGCCGGCCAACAACAGUUGUGAUUGGGAGUGUUAUUUACAUGUUUGCUGGAGACUACAGUUU